AUGCUCGCAGUUCCUGCUCGUGUUUUAUGCUUUAGUGAUGAUCCUCCCUUUAAGAUCCUGAUCAUCUUCUGUUAUAUUACCCAGUCCUUGUUUCUCCUCUGGGCCUUGAUGAUGCAACUGGCACGCUCGAGGGAGUCGGACAAAGAAGCCAUCUGCGAUCCUGACUGGGUUUUCUUCGAAGAUGCCUGCUAUUUUUUCAGCAAAGGCCCCUUGACUCAGAUCGAAGCCCGAAGUUUUUGUCUCGACCAAGGCGGAGACCUGGUGAGCAUUCACGGCCCGGAAGAGCAGAAAUUCGUGGAAGAAAAUGUCGCCUAUCGAAGCUCUUGGAUUGGUGCAUUUACCACCCAAUCUUUAAUUGAUGACCCUUGGAACUUCGAAUUUUUCGACGGCACUCCAAAUGACUAUCAUCAAGUCGGAGUCGGUGAGGGUUGGAUCUAUUACCCCGGAACCCCAGGUGGGGGGAUCCUUUUAAGGCCUCUACUAUUGAAAAAUGUGGAUUGCGCCUUGAAGAGGACUGUAUAUUGCUACAGUCCUUAUUACAAUCCUCAGUGUGGGUGUGGUAAUGGGGACUUUGAUUUUGUGGCCGGUACAUGUUUAAAGAAAGGUCCGGAACCCAUGUCUUUCGAAGAUGCAAAUCGAUUCUGUUCUAGCCUUGAAGGGGGUUGUGGAGCAUGGGGAGCCGUUCUCCCUGGGAGCGACGAUAUGAGGAACAUUAUCACAGGCUAUUACAUGAGCUCAGAUGAUAACUUUAUGGUUGAGGACGACGGGGAUCGCCCCGGGCGAUACUGGGUCGAUCUGAGAAGAAAUCCGGAAUCCGGGCUGUGGGAAACGAAUAGCGGAUCGCAAGUGAAUGUAACUGGAUGGCAUUGGGACGGAUUUCCGACCGAAGAUGGCGGUGAUUGCGUCUCCAUGUUCGUCUCCUCUUGGAUCCCACAAAUAGCAAGUAAGGAAAAUGGAUUCAUAUGCAAGAAAUCCCUUGCAUGA